AUGACCGCGAACCCACUCAAGCCUGUGGGUCGGUAUCGUCCCGGCAAGGCGAUCGCGGAGGAGCCAUCAUCCGAAGAGGAGGAAGAGGAAGAAGAGGGUAUCGAGGCGAAAAAGGAACAAGAACGAAAGCGGCGAGUGGAAGAGCAGCGACGGAGACAGCAAGCACCGAAAGCAAGCUCAUUCCCUGCAGCUGCGGUAAAGAAGGCUCAAGAAGAAGAGGAUGAGGAUGAAGAGGGAUUCAUGACCGAUGAAGAGGAUGACGAACCAGCCCAGUCAACUGCAAAGGCUGCGCCUCAGGCCCGACUCGAUACCACGCAAGCUCCAAUGCCUAAAGCCGCGCCAGUCGCAAGGCCAACAACAGCAAGUGACGAGGAAGAGGAAGAAGAAGAUGAAGAGGAGGAGGAUAGCUCCGAGGAAGAGAGCAGUUCAGAGGAUGAAGCGCCACGGCGGAUGUUGAUUCGGCCUACAUUCAUUAAGAAAGAUAAGCGAGGCAAUGCAGGCGGACAAGGCGCAGAAGCUCCAGCGCGAGCACCUAUCAGCGGCGCCGACUCCGCCGCAGACAACGAAGCCCGACGUGCUCAACGCCAAGAAAAAGCAGAUCAAUUAGUACGAGACCAACUCGAGAAAGACGCCAUCGCGAGGUCCGCAGCAAACAAAGCCUGGGACGAUGACGACGACCUUGCCGAAGCCGACGAAGAAACCGCCAUAGAUGACCGCGACGAUAUCGACCCAGAAGCCGAGUACGCAGCCUGGAAACUCCGCGAACUCAAGCGCGUCAAGCGCGAGCGCGAAGCCAUCGAAGAAGCAGAGAAAGAGCGCGAAGAGAUCGAGCGCCGGCGCAAUCUGACCGCUGAAGAGCGCGAGCGCGAGGACCGCGAGUUCAUCGCCAAGCAGAAUGAAGAGCGCGAGGCAACCCGCGGCCAGACCGGGUUCAUGCAGCGCUAUUUCCACAAGGGUGCUUUCUUCCGGGACGAUCAGGAGCGCGAGGGUUUGGACCAGCGCAAUGUUAUGGGUCGCCGGUUUGCAGACGAUGUCGCGGUCGAGACGUUGCCUCAGUACAUGCAGAUUCGGGAUAUGACCAAGCUAGGAAAAAAGGGACGUACGCGCUAUCGUGAUUUGAAGACGGAGGACACGGGACGCUUUGGCGACGGCUACCAGAACCGGAGGCGGGAGAAUGCCCCUCCUGUUGGAAUUACGGACGAGCGGUUUAUGCCUGAUCGCGGCGAUGAUCGGGGUCAUGGACCGUCGGGGCCAACUGGUGCCAAUGCCAGUGCUGUGCGGCCGCGGCAGAGAUCAAGAUCGCGGUCUCCUAGAAGAGACCGGCACGAAGAGAGGAGUCGAUCUAGGGAGCGGCGGAAACGCAGCCCGUCGCCAUAUGAUGACCGGGAUAAACGGCGACGAGUAGAGAGCUCUUGA